CUCUUUUGGUUCUGUUUUGUAUGAUUUUGACCACAAAAGCUCUUACAUUUUAACUCUUACUGUGUUAGCAAAAGCUCUGAUUUGUGUCAAGUGAAAUGGAUAGUUACUGGAGAUUGAAAAACCUGGUGAAUGAUUUGCCGGUUACUAAUCCGUCGAGCCGACAAGGAUCAUCGAUAUACUCAUGGACAGUAGAUCAGUUUCAGACUAGCUUAGGAAAAAACUGUGGAUCAAUGAACAUGGACGAGUUGGUUAAGAAUAUAUGUAGUGCUGAAGAAACACAAGGGGCAUUGCAACGACAAGGCUCAACAUCGCUGCCUCGAACACUUAGCCACAAAACUGUUGAUGAAGUUUGGAAAUAUAUCACACAGGAAGAAGAGACUAAAAACUAUGGAGUAACUAACAUUUCUCAUCUUCAGAGGCAACAAACUCUAGGUGAGAUCACUCUUGAAGAGUUUUUAAUUCGUUCUGGAGCAAGAAUAAACAAUACGAGCAACGUCUCCAUUCAUGAUUCGUCUUCAUUGAUUUCCGGUUAUCCAAACACGAGUUUGGAUGUGGAGUUCCAGCCGAAUGCAAUGGUUCCAAUGAGUCAUGAAUCUAAUUUGCAUCAAAAUGUGAAUGUGUCUACUAUGUCAGCAUAUCAACCGCAACAACCUAUCAUGUCUAGACCAAAUGGUUACUCAUAUGGACAACAAAUCCGAUCCUCGAAUGGUGUCCAGGGUAACAAAAGAAGUUUGGUCCCAAGCGUUGCCAAAAAUCCUAGUGGAACCAUGGCAUGUUCUUCGGUUAAACCAUUUCCAAUACUUAAUAAGACGCGAAAAAUCGAUGGCGAGUCUUCAUUACUCUCAUCAUCUCCAUACAUUUUUAGUGGUAAUACUAGUACAAGGGGUAGGAAGAUUGAUAUUAAUGCCAUCACCGCAGAGAAUAAACUCGUUGACAAAAAACUGAAAAGAAAGAUAAAGAACCGAGAAUCAGCAGCGAGAUCACGAGCUCGAAAGCAGGCUCAAACUAUGGAGCUUGAAGCUGAACUUGAAAAACUAAAGAAACAAUACGAAGAGCUGCUAAAACAACAAGUAGAUUUGCGGAAAAUGCUAAUCGAACCGGGAAUGAUCAAUCGUCAAGGAGAACCAGAGAGAAAGCUGAGGAGAACGAAAUCAGACAUCAUGUGAUUAUGUGAAUCAAGAAGACCAGAGUUGGGGUUGGAGGAUAAUAAGUUUAUUUAGUACAUUAUGUUUUGUUUUUGCCUUUAUAAAAAAAAAAUGUUUUGGUUUUUUUUUUUUUUUUGCAUAUUUAUGAACAAAUAAGUUAUUUAUUAGUCAAUUUGACAUCUUGUUCUUUAAACCCAUUUGGUGAAUGUCCCCAAUGAUCGAAUUCUCAUGUUCCA